AUGUCGACCGCAACCGCAAACAAGCCGCCGGCCACAGGCACGCCGGCGCGCAGCACGCCCUCGCGCGUCGCCUCGUCCACGCCUGCUGCCGCGAGCCGCACGCCUGCCCGCGCCUCUACGCCCACAUCGACUGGAGCAACAGGCGGUGUGGCGAGGACACGGUCCGUCAGGUCAGCCGCCAACGGCACACCGGUCUCGGCACGCGCCUCGGUGAAGAAGCCUGCUCCGCCGUCGACGCUACGGAGGAACUCAUCGCAGGUCGAUGGUCCGACCGAGGAGGACAGUGCCGCCGCAGAGGCCAAGGCGGCAUAUCUGCAGGAUCUCGAGGAGCGCCUGCAGAAGGCCGAGGCCGACGCGGACGAGCGCCAAAAGCAGAUCGAGGUGCUCAACGCCCGUCUGGACGACGCGCACACCGAGCAGUCGAAGCUUGAGGAACGUGCCCACGAGGAAGAAGAGAAGGUCGAGAGCCUCGAGAACGAGAAGAAGGAGCUCACACGGCAGCACCGCGAGCUCGAGGGCAUCUACGAGGCCGAGCGCGCCCAAGCCAUGAAGGAGAAGGAGAGCACACAGGCGCGCGAGGAAGAGCUGCAGGAGACGAUCCAGAGGCUGAAGGAAACCAUGGCCACCAAGAACGUCCCGGGCGUUGAGGACGGUGAAGCCCCAUUGUCGCGUGCGUCGAGCUUCCGCAACAACCCCUCGCGCAGCAACUCGUCCCAGAACCUCGAGAACUUUGCGCCUCCUAGCUCCGUCCAGCGCAGCAACUCGCGCAGCAACUCGAAGCUCAUCCACCAGAAAGACAAGAUCAUCGAGGACCUCCGCCUCGAGCUCGCCGAAUACCAGGUCAAGAUGCUCGAGGUCGAGAACGCUGGCGGCGGCCGAACUCGUGAGCUCGAGAAGCAACUGCUCGAGACCCGCAUGACGAACGCCCGCCUGAUGGAGGAUAACGAGAGCUUCCAGCUGCUGCUGGGUGAGAAGACGCUGAACGGUGACCUGAGCCGUGGCGACUUCCUGCGCGAGUCGUCACAUGCCGAGGACCGUCCUACUUCACGCAACGGCCCAUCCACCAGCCUCGCAGACGAGCUGGAGGACGCCGAGGAUGCGCCUGACGUUGAAAUCGUCCGCAAGCUCGAAGUCGAACUGAACAGCAUGAAAGACCAGAACAAGGCCCUCACCCUUUACAUCAACAAGAUCAUCGGCCGCCUCCUCACCUACCAAGGCUUCGAGUCUGUCUUGGGCAACGACAUGGAUGAGAAACCCAACACCAACAAGGACCUGCCCCCUCCACCCGCGGACAAGGACAGCGAGCAGCCCACUGGCUUCCUCCAGCGCGCCAAAUCUGUUGUCGGUGCUGGGCCCCGCAAGCAACGUCCCGCAUCCAUCGUGGGCCUGCCAGGGACAGGCGUCCAUGAGGAUCCCGCCACCGCGCCCAGCAUUCCCAUUGCCCAGCGUGCUCCCAGCGGCAGCAACCCUCACCGCCGCUCAGCUUCAAUCAACCCCGAUGCAGCAAACAUCGUAAACACAAUGUACCGCAUGCCUCCACCGUCAGUAACAUCUGGCCAGACAUCGCCCGGCCUCGUCAGCCCGAGAAACAGCUUCUUCGGCAUCCCCAUCGCCGGUCAGAACAGCAACCCGGCCUCGCGCGUCGCAUCUGGUCAGCAGAACAACAUCCCAGAGGACCGUGAGGUUGAUACUGCGAGCAUCAUGUCCGGUACGACCAGCACCUCAGCUGGCGCGAGCGGCCACGUCGACACGCCAUCUCCACCCCGCGGUCGCCUGGAGCGUAGCGACACCUCCGGGCCCAUGACGGGCAAGGGCAUGCGCCCGCUCCGCCUGGUGCAGAACGAAGAAGAGGCCAGCAAGGCGCGCAAGGCCGCAAACCGUCAGAGCUGGUUCGGCGGCUUGUUCGGGGCGAACAACCCGGCGCAGCAGCAGCAGCAAGCAGAAUAG